AUGCUCGCGCUGCUGUGGGGAGCAAUUCUGGCUGUCUUCGUGGCUGUCACCAUGUUGGUAUCCGUCAAGCGAGCUAUCAAAAGCGAAGAGGCAUCAUUUGAAAGGGUCUUCAUGCUGCUCUUCGCUGAAACAUUGGAUAUCUUCCUCGGCGUUCUCAUUUCCGGCUUCCUCAUAUUUCAUUCCUACUUGGUGUCCAAUGCCGUCACGACGAUUGAGUUUUGCGAGAAACAAUUCCGAAAGUCGCCUUUCGACACUCCGCCGGAGGUGACAUGGUCCCAUGGAUUCCGAAAAAAUUUCACGGAUGCGUUUGGCCCAGACCCUCUCUUGUGGUUCUUCCCUGUCGACAAUCGCUUAGGAGAUGGCACCUCCUUUACUCCCGGGUCAAUGCUAUACUAUGACCCAGCGCACUUAGAAACGCGCAUUUCCAAAGCAAUCACUGCAUCUCGCAGAUACAAGGGUUUCGACCCGAUUGUCGACCCAGAAUCCUAA